UCGCGCCAGCCAACCGUGCGCGUGAUGUCAUGGCGCCGUGCGUGGUCGCGGCGGCGGCGCAGGGGGCGGGUCCGUGGCGCGGCGCCGGAGGAGGAAGUGGUGUGGUUGUUACUCCCUUUGCGCCCACCGCUCGCUCCCCGGGCGCGGAGACGGGUCGCAGUCUCUGCUGCUGCGUCGCGCUCACCUCCUCUUCCCCUCCAUGUUCCCUGGCGCCGCUGUUCCCCUUCCUCAGGCCGCCGCUUACCCGGAGGUCUAUGGAAGUAAUGGAAGGACCCCUCAAUCUGGCUCAUCAACAGAGCAGAAGAGCAGAUCGAUUAUUAGCUGCAGGGAAAUACGAAGAGGCUAUUUCUUGUCACAAAAAGGCUGCAGCAUACCUUUCCGAAGCCAUGAAGCUGACACAGUCUGAGCAGGCUCAUUUAUCACUGGAAUUGCAAAGGGACAGCCACAUGAAACAGUUUCUCCUCAUCCAGGAGCGGUGGAAAAGGGCAAAGCGAGAAGAGAGGUGGAAAGCCCAGCAGAGCAUGGACAGGGAUGCAGCUGCCCAUGUUCAGACAUCUCACAAGCCCCCUGCUGAGGAUGCCGAGGGCCACAGCCCCUUGCUAGCUCAGAAGUACAGCGAGGGCCCUUCCACUGAGAGACACCCGCCUGGAAUCCAGGGUGUCUUUGACAGAGACCCUGACACACUGUUAUUUUUACUUCAGCAAAAGAAUGAGCCAGUAGAGACGUGCAUGGGAAGCAAAGCUCCAAAAGAUGAUAAAACAAUUAUAGAGGAACAGGCCACCAAAAUUGCAGAUUUGAAGAGGCAUGUGGAAUUCCUUAUGGCUGAGAAUGAAAGAUUAAGGAGAGAAAACAAACAGCUAAAGGCUGAAAAGACCAGACUUGUAAAAGGUCCAGUAGAAAAGGAGCUGGAUGUAGAUACUGACUUUGUGGAGAAGUCAGAGUUAUGGAGCUUGCCACCACAGUCGGAAACUGCCGCAGCCUCUUCAACUUGGCAGAAGUUUGCAGCCAGCACUGGGAAAGCCAAGGACAUUCCAAUACCAGCGAAAAUGCCUUUUUCUCAUCCUCACACACUGGAAACUUCUCAGAAUGCUCAGGGAUGCUCUGGGCAGGAGGCAGUGAGCCUUGGAGUAGUUGACACUGUAGGAGUACAGUAG